GCGUGUAGUUCUCGUCACCUUCUCUCCGGAAAACGAAACUUAUUCGAAUGUAUUGGUAUAUAUUCAGCACAGAUUGUUCAGUACGGACUACGCAGACACUGAUAUGGCAGCUUAAUGAGUCGGCAAACCGAUAGGGUUCAUCAUGAUGAAGUGCCCUGCUUGUGGUCACAUGCUGGCAGAAUCUUUUAAAUUCUGCUGUGACUGUGGAUUUAAGUUACCUGUCCAAUCCCAAGUUUGCACCUCAGGUAACUGCCAGGUAACCACUGCAGAGCAUCAAGCCUCUGCGGUCAGUGAAGCAGAGCCCCAGCAUGAGAAUGAGCCACUGACAUUGUCCGCGAACAAAACUGACACACCUCUAAAACACUCCAGUGAAGAUCCAACGGGCAAUGUCAAGGAAAAGAGUGAAGACUCCCCCAGCAACACUGAGUUGACAACAGACACACAUCAGAAAGAGGAGUCGUCUGGGAGUGAGAGCUGUGCAGCGGUGGAUGUUCUCCCGACAGGAAUUCCACCUAAGAACACUGCCACUCCUGCUGCCACUCCAACUGUACCCUCCAAACUUCCAACCUCUCUUACCCCAUCCCCAUACCAGACAACCACGGAAGACCAACCUGAGGGUCCAUCAAAGGUAAAUGAAAGUGAACCGCUGGACGAGUCAAACACAAGCCAAACCCAACCUAGUUCAGUAAAACAAGACUUGCCUGAGAAGACUGCCUCUUCCACACAUGAGACAACAGAUCAGAACACAGGACCUGCCUCAGUCCCAACUCAACCAGUAAGACAGCUGUCAUAUAAAGAAGCUUUGAUGGGAGAAACCACAGAGACAAGAACAGUAACGAGGAAGCAGAGCGUGGAGAAUCAAGACAAGAGGCUUCCAAGCUACCAUAAGGAACCAGAGAAGCAGAGUGAUUAUGGUGGUGGUGAUGCUUCUAAGUCAUCUACUGCUGAUUCCCCACCUGCAAAGGAAGAUAGUCCACCAAACCACAGCAAUGACGAAGACUUCCAGCAGGUGGAAUCCCCCAAAAAUAAGGACACGCAUAAAAAGCCAACCCAAAUGAGCCCUGAAGGGAGCAAGGAAGCUGGAGUUAUGAAUGAACAACAGACAUCCAGUAACCAGAGUGACAAGUGUACCAAGGAUGAAGCAAACUCACAACCGUGUGUUGACCAAUCCCAAGUAUCAACUGAUGACCCAACACAUAAGUCAAACACAAACCAGGAAGAAACAAAGAACGAAAACACGGAAAAGCAGUCACAGCCUCCCCAAUUCCCAACCAAAGUGCAUCAUGGUCCUGGUAAGGAUAACCUUACCAUUUAUUUUCACGCUGUUGUAUCCAAGCAUUUCAAGUUGGACCCAUCAAAAGACAUAGUUUGUUUGAGAUCAGGAAGUCUUUUUGAGACCUGGGAUACAAAUGGUUUGAAAAUGGAAAUCACAGGGAAUUUAGGAGAGAAUGGAUUUCUUGUUGAAGGACGAAUGGUGACCCCUAAAAAGAAUGUUGGUGUCUCCAUACCUUACAAGUAUGUUGUCUGCAAGAGAAAAGACAACUCAUAUGAGUAUAAAUAUGAGCACAUCUACCUAAAGGAUGCAAAGCAACAUGUCAACAGGUGCCUGUUCGUUAAAGAGGAUCUUUUGACACAUGACGGGGAGUGGCACCAAUAUGAUGAUAUCAUACGCACAGAACCUGACCAGAGUUGGAUAUCACACUUCAAAAACAUGUUUGCAUGGUGGGAUGUCUACAAGGAAAAGGUAUUGACGGGCAGACAGCUGGCUGGAAAGGUGAUGCUGGGAAACAUUUUUAAACUCCUUCAAACAUGGAGUGACGUGAACAUUAGGAACUUCUUUACUCAACUCCAGCAGUUCUUCACCAAUUACAAAUCCCCCUUCCUCCAUGUGGAUGGUCCAAAGAAAUGGGAUCUGCCGUAUGGAGAACAACAGGUGAAAACCCUUUUGAAAGAGUUCAUGCAGCAAGCUUUAGAUGGUGAGAACCAAAAGGGGAAUGAGAAGCGUGAGGAUUUUUUCUCUGAUCCUCUGAAAUUAGGAGUUAUUAUCCUGGUUGUCCACAUCAAUUACAGUUUAGAUGUCAGUGGACAUAUUUCUAAACUGUGUGAGUUACUCUGCCUGCCUAAAAAGCCAAGAGAAGUUUUCCUUGCAUACUGGACAGAUUUCAAACAAGGGCUACCAGGUGACAUCAGGGUUUCAGAGGCAAUUGAGACUCUAUUCAACUUAGCAAGAAAACAUGGAGUUGAUAAGUGGAUCUUUGUUAUCCCCCUCCUGCAUCUGCUUAGAGGGGACAGCAAGCCUUUUGAGGCUGCUCCUCUGACCAUGAAUCCAAAAUGUGAUAUCUGGGCGGGGUUGAAAGGGAUCAAAACACCAGAAGGCUACACAGACUCGAUGUUUGAAACACAGGGAUUGAGGGAUUCCAUCCAAAUCAUGGAAAAACACAAGCAUCUUGUGGCAAUGGACUGUCUCGUUACUCGCUCUUGGAUGUGUCUGUUGGGGCUGGAUAACUUGUUCAACUAUGCAUCAAUCAUCCCUCUUGAUGUCUUGGACACACUUCAACACCUCCAGUUUAGUCUGACUUCCGGGGAGAACUAUAAAUAUGAGGCUGUGAAGGAUGUGUUGUCACGGCUCUUCAGCAGAGUUAAGGAACAACAGCACAGCCAUGAUGACAGAUAUGGAGACUUUUGCCUUAAAGCAGCUGUGAGCCUUCUGGAGACCAUUUGUAAGAAUAUGAAAAGUAAUUUGAACCAUGAGAUUAAUUUGGUUUGCCUGGAUCUUGUCAGUCUGAUUGCAGAAACAGCCUUCCAUCUCCAGACAAAUGAAGUGACAAAUAACCUUUUGGAAAACACGCGCAAAGAGAAGUUAAAGGAGACCAUGGCCAUCAUAAAGGAAUGGCUGCGAAUCACAUUCAAGAACAAAUUGGUUAAAGAUCUCAAUAACAUUGAUUUUGCAUACAUGUAUGAGACUAAGGUCUGGAACAAGCUGAUCUCACUUACAAUUGGUUCAGAAGAAUUCACCCAAUAUUGGAGAAAUACAUUCUUGAAUGAUUUUGAAGGAAAACUCAAACAGGAAACAUCCAUGCAUCAAAUUGAAAUAUAUAUCAAUAAGAUUGAGGAAGUGAGCAGGACGCUGCCAUUCUUGGAGAACUCAUUGGAGAAAUGUGCUUUGGAAGCAGUCACAGUCAUUUGUCAGGGGAUCUCUCAGGAGGCUCUCUUUGAACGGUUGAAAAAACUUGACUUUAGCAAGUUUGAGAGGCUAAUAUCUACUAUUGUGAUGAAGUCCUGGCCCAAGACUGCCAAUGGAGAAUACCUGGAAGGGGAGGACUGUGUAGUGGAACAUCUUCUCAACUGGUCCAUGGCCAAAAGUGUCUUUCAAGUCCAAGGUGAAAAUCUGAAAAUGAUUGACCAUUUGUCAGACGAUGCUAAAGAGCGGUUGGUUGUGGCAAGCUCUGUGUUCAGUUCUGUCUCAGAUAAAGUCAUCAACGGCAACAUCCAGAUGAAGACUCUCAGUAAAGUCCUCUCAAGGAGAACAACAUUCAUUGAGCUUUUGAAGAUAGAUGGCCUGUGUGAAGAUGGUCGUUGUAAGGACGACACCACUAUGAACAGAUUACUGAGAUUUAGAGAAGAAGAAAUGGAGAAUGUGAACAGUUACAAGAAGAUGGUUGAGGGCCUAGUUAUAAUUUGUCUCCAACUCCAGGAGCAUCUGAAAGUCAAUGUGAAAGAGCUGGAGCUCAAAAACCAAAAGAACAUAGAUCAGAUGACGCUGGAUGAAUUCAUGGAAGUUCACAGACUUGACGGGCACACCUCUGAUGUAACUGGGGAGGUUACAUACUUUAACCUCUGUAAUGCCACCAGUCAGAUGGCAUUUAAACUAAAUGCUGUCAGGGAAAGCUUCAUUUUUGCCAUGUGCUUGGAGUAUCAAGCCAAAGAACUUUCCCACAAACAUAUUGACACUGACGAGAUUGAGGUGUACACUCUUGAUGUGAUCCACAGCAAAAUAUUCCAGGGUUGCUAUGAUAAUUACAAGAGGAUCUAUGAGAGUUUGAAAUCUGGCACUUUAUCAUUGGACGAUGUGGAUAGCAUCUUUGAAGUCUACAAAGACAAGUACGAUGACAUGAAAAAUGAUCUGGAGAUCAUGUGCAGAAUCAACUUGUCUGAUGAUCAAAGAUGGAUCAGGAGGCGAAUCAAGCAGAUCCAACAGUACCAUGACCUUCAUCAAGCAUUCGAUUCAGCCAAGGUCAUUAUGGAUGUCAGAGAGACAAUCUGUCCUCAAGGGGACUUCAAAGUGCUACAGAGUUUGCUGGAUGUGAGUAAUGCAGACUUUAAGGAGAAGAGUCUGAAUCACAUUGAUGACAAUUUGAUGGAGACUAAAAAGGUUCUUGAGGACAUCACAGAACCUCGCAGACUGUGUCUUCAGGAGCUUGGCCUUUGGGGGAACUUUGUCAAAUGGGUCAAAGAAGCUCUUGAAGAUAUCAAUGAGCUGAAGGUGUUUGUCGACCUGGCCUCCAUCUCUGCUGGAGAGAACGACUUGGAUGUGGACCGUGUAGCCUGUUUCCAUGACGCUGUUCUUGGUUACUCCUCGUUGCUGUAUGGGUUACCCCAAAAUGCUGACUUUAAUGCCUUCAAGGAGGCUUUGACAAAACUAUGGAAGGCGCUUGGAAGUGACAGCAACAUACCAAAUAAGCUGCGGGAUACUGCACGCCAUUUGGACUGGUUGAAAACUGUGAAGGACAGCCAUGGGUCUGUGGAACUCUCCUCUCUUUCUCUGGCCACGUCCAUCAACACAAGAGGCAUCUAUGUUAUUGGUGCACAUAACCAGAAGAAGCUAUGUUUAGACACUGCCCUGAAACUACAGGUUCCAGACCAGCAGGAGGAAGGUCAGAUGCGCAACUACUCCUUAGAAGACCUGAGAGAUCUGCAAAACAAGCUCAUGCUGAUGUCUGGAAAGGGGGAGCAAAGCCAGAGUGAGGUGGAUCACUUUACUGAGGUUUUUGACAGUGUUCAGAGGCUAGCUGUAGCAUUUGUAGAUCUUUAUGCUGCUGGGAACCCACUUUUUAGGGUUUGGGAGGCCAAGAUUCACUGCAAUAUGGAAAGUGACACUGGUGUCACAAUGGACUUCAACCUUGGCAACAUCCUACUAAAGAUCAUGGUGGAAGGCAAUGCAGUCAAACAGCUUACAGACCUGUGCAGGAAGAUAGAGAUGUGUUUGGAUGACUGGAAUAGAUUCAUGGACAAACAGAGAUCUCAGCACUAUUACCUCAACUAUUACACAGCAGAGCAGAUAGUCUACCUUUGUAAUGUUUUGACCGAAAAUAAUCUGAACAAUAAAUUGGAGGAAAACGUCUUGAUGAUGCUCUCUUUCAUCAAACCUGACUGCUCUGUGUCAGAAGUGUGGGAGUCAUGGAUGACUUUUCAGAACCACGCCAUGAAUACAGCUGGGCAAGAGGAAGAUACCAGUUGUCAGACUUUUAUUAACCUUCAAAGUGACAUGGAAAACUUAGAUUCCUCUUUUGUAAGUGACAGAAAAUGUACCAUUGAUGUUCUACAGAGCGUUGUAGACCAGUCUGUUGGUUUGCGAAAACUGGAUCUGGUCUGGGAUGCCUACAUGAAAGACAUGAGGAACAUUAUCCAGUACUCUUUAGACAUCAGAAGCCUUGGCAGUCUGCUAGAGGUGUUGGCCAACAAACAAAGCCAGGAACAAGAGGAGGAAGAUGAGCUUUUAGAAACAAGUGAGAAUACAGUCAGUAGAAAGCUCCCGAAAGGCUUCUUCACUGGGCAACCUAAUCUCAUUAUCUGCCCACAAGAUAAAAUCUUGACUGUAAGCGUCUGCUUAUAUAUGACCAGUGAUGAUGAGCAGCUGCCUACUUACGAUGAAGUUCUCCUGUGUACCCCUGCCACGUCAUAUGAGCAAGUGGAGCUUUUCUUCAGACGAUGUCUCACACCGGGCUACAUGGGGGAGAAGAUCUAUGCCUUGCUCUUCGCAGACCAGUUGAGCUAUGAGGUGAGCUAUGCAGUGGAGAAGUUCUUUCAGAAACUGAGUUCAUGCUUUCGGAGCAGCUAUAGGCUGGUGAUCAUCUGCAGCGCAGAAAGAGAGCACAACUACAUUCCCUCUGCCUUCAGUCACUUCAAACGGGACAUUGUCCCUCAGGAGUCUCCUGGACGGAUACAGAAAUACCUGUCCCGGCACUACACUGUCCCCUCACACCAGGCCAGUGCUGCAUCUGUGUUCAAAGGUAGACACUUUGUUGGGAUUGUGUCUUCCAAGAGGGCUGGAGUUGGAAAAUCUCUGUACAUACAAAGGUUGUAUGAUAAACUGGAGGGAACCAUGAGAAUAGGAACCACAUUCCACAAAUGCAUUCGCUUAAUUGAGCCCAAGGUUGAUGAGCAUAUCAUUCUUCGGUCCUUGUUUGCCACACCAGAGAAGAAGGAACACAAAGUCUUUCAUUUUGAUGUCACAUCCUCAGUACAGAAAGGACUGCAUGAAUUUCUGUUCAAACUGUUCUUCCUGCGUUACCUGGCCGAUUCGGAUGGGCUAAUGUGGAAAUGCAGCAGCAAGGACUUGUAUGUCAUCGAGACACUACAAUCCACACAUGAACUGCCCAGAUCUGCCUCAAGAGCUGAUCCGAUGGGACACGUUCCUCUCUUUGAGGUCUUUCCAAAGGUCUUCUGCCGUCCCCCAAAAGAGGUUAUGUGGUUGGAAAUGAGAAAUGGAGAUGAUCCAGAGCUGAAAAGUGAAGACCCACUCAUGGAUGACCAGUGUUUUAGGAGCGAGGCCUUUCAAAGACCAUACCAGUAUUUAACACGGUUCCAUAGGGGUGAGAAUCUUGACAGCUUCACCUACCAAAGAGUUGAAGGAACUCAUGCAGAGUGCCUUCAAAUGCUCUUCAUCUACUGUGGCAUAAGUGAUCCGUCCUGGGCAGAGCUGAGGAACUUUGCCUGGUUCCUCAAUCUUCAGUUGCUAGACUGUGAGACAUCGGCCUUCUGCAACUUUCAGUUCAUUGGAGACACUCUUAGGGGAUUCAGAAACUUUGUGGUUGACUUCAUGAUCUUGAUGGCCAAGGACUUUGCCACUCCAUCUCUCUGCAUCACUGACCAGAGCCAUGGGAGGCAGCAGAUGGACCUCAAUGGACUCAACGAAAGGGAUCUAGCCCCGUUCCUCAUUCGAAAGAGAUGGGAAUCAGAACCGCAUCCAUAUAUCUUCUUCAAUGAUGACCAUGCAUCCAUGACCUUCAUUGGAUUUCACCUACGGGAGAACAAGAAGAAUGGGGUUGAUGCCAUUAAUCCAUCAACAAAUGUGGUGAUCAAGAGAAACAUUAUGACCAAAGAUCUGUACAAUGGCCUCAGACGUCAAAGAGUUCCAUUUAACAUUGACUUUGACCAACUUUCUCGGGCAGAUAAGAUUGUGCGUCUAUGUAACGUGCUGGGGAUCAAGUGGCCAACAGACCCUGAUGAAACAUAUGAACUCACCACCGACAACAUACUGAAGAUGAUGGCAAUUCAUAUGAGGUUCAGAUGUGGCAUUCCAGUCAUCAUAAUGGGGGAGACUGGUUGUGGGAAGACACGACUCAUCAAGUUCCUGUGUGAGUUGAGAAGGAGUGGAGCGCCCACCGAGAACAUGAAACUGGUCAAAGUUCACGGAGGAACUACAUCUGACAUGAUCUACACCAGAGUGCACGAGGCAGAGGCUGUUGCGGUUGCCAAUAAGGAGAAACAUGGUUUUGAUUCUGUUCUUUUCCUUGAUGAAGCUAAUACCACGGAAGCUAUAAGCAGCAUUAAGGAGAUCCUGUGUGACAACACUGUGCAAGGACAACAACUUGGCUACCAAACUGGACUGCAGAUCAUUGCUGCAUGCAACCCUUACAGGAAACACACAGAUGAGAUGAUCAAGAGGCUGGAGAAAGCUGGUUUGGGUUACAGGGUACGAGCUGAAGAAACUGAAGAAAGACUUGGAUCAAUCCCUCUUCGGCAGCUGGUGUAUAGGGUCCAAGUGCUGCCCCCGAGCAUGAUUCCUCUGGUGUGGGACUUUGGACAACUCAAUGACCACACAGAGAAAAUGUACAUCCUGCAGAUUGUGCAGAGAGUUGUGGGAAAAAAUUCAAUCAAACGAGUAUCCAUCAAGUUGAUCACUGAUGUACUGUCGUCAUCGCAGAGAUUUAUGCGACAGAGGAAAGACGAAUGCAGCUUUGUCAGUCUCAGGGAUGUGGAGCGCUGCAUGCAAGUUUUUGUGUGGUUCUAUAAGAACCACUCAAUGUUUUCUGAAGAGUUAAGGGCACUCUUCCAGAAACAACCCCGGGGGGAGAGGAACAGGCGUGACCAGGUACCCCCACCUGCUAGUGAUCCAGUUGAUUGGUCGCUGUUGAUGGCUGUUGGUGUGUGUUAUCAAGCCUGUUUAGAGACAAAAGGUGAGUACCAGAAAGAAAUCUGCAAAUUCUUUCCCCGUGUCCUCCCCCAAAAAAUGAAGCAGGAAAUCUCACUCAUGCAGGAUCUUCUCCUAAGUGGGGUCCCAAUGGGAGAGACAAUAGCGAGAAACAAGGCUUUGAAAGAGAAUGUCUUCAUGAUGGUGAUCUGCAUUGAGCUACGAAUCCCCCUGUUUUUGGUUGGCAAGCCUGGGAGCUCCAAAUCUCUGGCCAAAACUCUGGUUGCAGAUGCCAUGCAGGGCCAAGCUGCACAUUCCGAGCUGUACAAAAGACUGAAACAAAUUCAUCUGGUAUCCUUCCAGUGCAGCCCUCACUCCACACCAGAGGGAAUCAUCAACACAUUCAAGCAAUGUGCCCGUUUCCAAGAGAGCAAGAAUUUGGAGGAGUACAUCUCUGUUGUUGUGCUAGAUGAGAUCGGAUUAGCAGAAGACUCCCCCAAAAUGCCUCUGAAAACACUGCACCCCUUACUGGAGGAAGGCUGCAUUGAUGACGAGCCAUUGCCCCAUAAGAGGGUUGGAUUCAUUGGUAUCUCCAAUUGGGCCUUGGACCCUGCAAAGAUGAACAGAGGCCUCUUUGUGUCCCGUGGUGACCCAGACCAGAAUGAGCUAUUCGAAAGUGCGAAAGGUAUAUGCUCAUCUGACAAGAUGAUUCUGGAGAAGGUUAAGCACCUCUUCAAACCCUUUGCCAAAGCAUAUAUGAAGAGUUGCAAGAAAGGCAACGGGUUUUUCGGCUUACGUGAUUACUACAGUCUGGUCAAGAUGAUGUUUGCCAUCACCAAGAUCUCUAAGCAGAGCCCUGGUGUGAACCAAAUCAUUGAAGCAGUCCUGAGGAACUUCAGUGGAAGGGAUGAUGUGGAUGCGGUGUACAUAUUCACCAAACAGCUGUGGGGCAAAUUGAAUAAACCUGAUUUGGAUGGGAUCAGCACUAUUGAUCUAGUGAAACAAAACAUAAUUCCAAUUUGCCAAGACGAGGAGUGCCGAUACCUUCUUGUCCUCACCAAAAACUAUGCCGCCCUCCAGAUUCUCCAGCAGACAUUCUUCUCAGACCAGAGCCAUCCAGAGAUCAUCUUUGGUUCCAGCUUCCCAAAGGAUCAAGAGUACACUCAGAUCUGCAGAAAUAUCAACAGAGUGAAGAUCUGCAUGGAAACUGGCCAGACUGUUGUGCUUCUGAACCUUCAGAAUCUGUACGAAAGUCUCUAUGACGCUCUCAACCAAUACUAUGUUUCACUUGGGGGUCAGAAGUAUGUCGAUCUUGGAUUGGGAACCCAUCGUGUGAAGUGCAGAGUUCACAAAAAAUUCAGGCUUAUUGUCAUUGAAGAGAAGGAGGUGGUCUACACACAGUUCCCGAUUCCCUUGAUAAACAGACUGGAGAAGCACUACCUGGACAUCAACACUGUCCUCAAGAAUGAAGGGAAGGAGAUUGUCAAACAACUUCAGGAAUGGGUCAAAGUGUUUGUCUCUUUGAAAAGCCAGCAAUCCAAGACAAACAGAUAUCUUCCAACGGAUGUCUUCAUUGGCUACCACUCAGACACAUGCUCCUCUGUAGUCCUACAAGUUACAGAGAAGAUGAAAGAUGAAUCUGACAUUUCUGACCCUCAAAGAAGAGUCCUGGAUGAAGCCAAGUUCAUCAUGCUGAACUGUGCCACUCCAGAUUCUGUCAUUCGUCUGGAUGGGACCAAAUUGUCUGAUGUUGAGAUAGAGAAACUGACACAAAUAUAUUUUGAGGAGCAGAAGCACAAAUCCCUGGCUGACUUCAUUGCAUCUCACACACGGCUGGAGGAAUGGUGCCAUGCCCACUUUACAGAGGUCACAACGUUUUCCCGGCAAUUGACAGCAGGAGAUAUAAAACAGCUCCAGAAUAUCACAGAGCUUUGCGACAUCAAGCUGCUCUCACUGCAACAGUUUGACACAGAGCACUCCUUCCUCAAAGAAAUCAGACAAUUUCUUGACUCUACCUCUGCCGACAAAGUCCUCAUCAUCCAAACUGACUAUGAUGAGGCUUCCCAGAGCAUGAACAUUCUUGCAUCUGCCAAGUAUUCAUCCAUAAAUGAAAUCAACAAACCAAAAGCUAAUGGUGGCAAUGGAAGGGUGUUUGUGUACUUCGUUACCAAACUGCCUCGAAUUGAAGGUGGAACCUCCUAUGUUGGAUUCCAUGGAGGACCCUGGAAAUCAGUUCACAUUGAUGACCUUAGAAGAUCCAAAGAGUUUGUAUCAGAUGUCCAGUUCCUGAGAAACCUACCCAUCAGCCAACUGUUUGAGGACAUGAAAGAGCCCUGUUAUGCAAUGCAAACCGAUAGAGACACAGACUUCCAACCACCUGCACCAGAGCACUCUGUAAGUAUAAUGGUGGUGUUUGAUGAAGCAAUGCAAACCGAUACAGACACAGACUUCCAACCACCUGCACCAGAGCACUCUGUAAGUAUAAUGGUGGUGUUUGAUGAAGCAAUGCAACCCGAUACAGACACAGACUUCCAACCACCUGCACCAGAGCACUCUGUAAGUAUAAUGGUGGUGUUUGAUGAAGCAAUGCAACCCGAUAGAGACACAGACUUCCAACCACCUGCACCAGAGCACUCUGCUGUGUUUGAAGUCACAGAUCUAGUGCGAAGCUGUGUGCAGAGUGCAGUAAGCAUGCUCAGAGAUCAGGAGGACAGUGGAGCUCUCAGCACCAGGAGGGUGGAGAUCCUGCUAACACUUAUGGAAGAUAAUGAGGACCUGAAAGCUGUGUUCCUGAAAACCCUGAGGAGCCGCCUUCACUCUCUUCUGGAGAACCACGAGAGAAACAUCCCCUCCCCCAAGAACUGGGUGUUAACAGAGGCAUCCAACAUCAAUGCUCUUCAAGAGGGGGGAACUUUCACACAAACUCUGUGGAAGAAAAUCCAAGCAGUGGUCACACCCGUUUUGGCUCAGUUGGUCUCAGUUAUCGACAGGGACUGUAAUCUGGACCUCCUCCUAGACGUCAACUGUGGGGAAGAAGUCAAGAAACUGUGGCUGGAGAUAUUCGGCAACAACGAGAUGCUUGAUAUUCCUCUUGUCAAAGUGGAUUCCAAUUCCGAGUCUAAGACCAUUCUGGUACAGAGCCAUAUCACAGCUGAGAGGACCAUGCGCUCCAGUAUGCCCUUCAGCUGGAGGAUCAGAGAUACCCUGGAUGAACUAAUGAUGCAAACUCAGCAGUACGAAAGACACAGUCCUAGGCAGUUCGAGGAAUUCUUUCCGAAAAUCCCCCUUGGUCAGUAUAUGGCUACGAUGGAUGAAAAAAUGCAGAGGGAAUUUUUUCAAAGGUACCUGCAGGAUUUCAUUGCCAUGACGAUGAAAGUGUCUUCAGCGGGGGAGUUAAAGCUUCUGUGUGACGCCCUGAACAGCUGUGUGAAUGAGCUCCGGAGGCGACGAAAAGCUCCAAGUGAAGAGAUUCCAUCCAUACCCCUGAUCCACUCGGCCUACCACAUGUACCGCACCCGCCUUCAGAACCUGUCCAGGAUGAUGUCCCUGCAGCCACAGGUGGCCCUUCACUUGCAGCGAAACCCACAAGUGACGGAUAGCCCAGUGAUGGUUCUGGACGUGUACGCAGCAGUUGCCUGUGUUGAGCAGCUGGGGCCUCCUGCGUUGGACUCUAAUACCCAGUGCCAAGACUGGCUGACGCAGGUGAAAAGACUGCAGGGGUCUAUGGAGCUGGUCUGCUCCCAGGGAAGCCUGAGGCAGUAUGGAGAGAGGAGCCAGGAAAUGUUUAACUACAUCCGUAAUAAUUGGAACCACAUCUGCAUCCUCUCUCUGUUUGUGGAACACAUGCUGCUAGGCUUUGAGUUUGAGGAGAGGGAGCUCAAGCCUCUGGUCCUUGAUCACACUCGUACCUUAGGCAAAAUUCUGUCAAAAGAUUCAGACGUCAAAUCUGAGGAACCCUUUGCAGCCGUCAUUAAAAUACUGAAGUCAUGCAAGAAAGGAGCAAGUGAUCUUAUUUGCAAGUUUGAUCUCCAGUGCCCUGUGUGUAUGGGGGAACCAGAGGACCCCGUGGACCUGCCCUGUCACCAUAUUUUCUGUCUGACCUGUGUCAGAAGACGUGUCAACGUGGGCCAGACGUACUGCCCCAUGUGCAAACAGGAAGUCCCAGAUGACUUUGAGGUGAAAGUGUCUGAAGACGUACGAACUUCCAUCACCCUAAAUGGCCAGUUCAGACGGAGUUGCAGUGCGUUUUUCAUAAACCUCGUCACUACUGUGUGCUUCAAGGACAACAUCCCCCCAUCAAAGGGUGUCAUCCUGCAGCUGUUGUCCUUCUUCAUGGUCGAGACAGACCCGAUUCCACUCAUCAGAGCACAAAGUCAGAUACACACCAAAGAUUUCUCACCAUUCGAUGAGUCUCUGGACAAAAAUCCUGUGGUGAGAUCAGUGAUACUCAAACUCCUGCUCAAGUACAGCUUUGAUGAAGUCAAGGAAUAUCUGCAGCAGCAUUUGACAUCGAUAGAAGACAGCAACAUUGUCGAUGCACAAGAUAAAAAUGAACUGUAUGCGUUGUACAUUAACUGCCUUGAGGACUCAUUGUUGGAAAGAAUGCCACAAGAAAACACAUGCCUUCAGGAAGAGACUGAGUUCUUGCAUCACUUCCUGGACUCUGUCACUGACUCGGCUGAGACGGUCACAAUAGAGUACCUGCAGCAGAUCGCUAGGGUCCGCCUGUGCCUGGGCAAGGCUGCACACCUUCUCCAUAGCAUGCUGUCUGGGGUAUGUGCAAGUCCUCAGGAUGUGGUUGAGGAGUUUCUUCGUGCUGUUAGGAACCUGUGUGAGAGGAGUGUGAACGACUGGUACCGGGUCUACCUGAUCCGCAACAUCAGCAGACAGCAGGGUGUAGAGUGUGUCCAGGGGAUGCUGAAGGUAGCCGAGUACAGGUGGCUUUUCCCUGAAGAGAUACAUCAACAGAAUGAAGAUGGUGGGCAGAUGGACCAGUAUCUGGUCUAUGGAGAGCAAUACCUGGCUGUACGGGAGGCUGUUGCCAAAGCAGUAUUAGAGGGCACUGUGGAGGACAUAGAGAAGAAGUGUGAGAGAUGUACUGCACCUCCAAAGAGGCGGACCUUGUAUAUCCUGCUGGCUCUUUUCAGAGAAGUCACCAGUCUGUACCGAGCAGCCAACACAGGCCUCCACCCCAGCCCUAAGGUAGGAACACAGGCCUCCACCCCAGCCCUAAGGUAGGAACACAGGCCUCCACCCCAGCCCUAAGGUAGGAACACAGGCCUCCACCCCAGCCCUAAGGUAGGAACACAGGCCUCCACCCCAGCCCUAAGGUAGGAACACAGGCCUCUACCCCAGCCCUAAGGUAGGAACACAGGCCUCCACCCCAGCCCUAAGGUAGGAACACAGGCCUCUACCCCAGCCCUAAGGUAGGAACACAGGCCUCUACCCCAGCCCUAAGGUAGGAACACAGGCCUCUACCCCAGCCCUAAGGUAGGAACACAGGCCUCUACCCCAGCCCUAAGGUAGGAACACAGGCCUCCACCCCAGCCCUAA